UAUUUCUCAAUCUUUCCUCUCUUUCUGUCUUUGUCUACUUGUCUGUUAUUUUUCUCUGUCUGUCUGUCUGUCUGUCUGUCUGUCUGUCUGUCUGUCUGUCUGUCGAUAUAAUGCCAGGGGGGUCUACAAAAAAGAUUUGUCCAUUUUGUCAGGGUAUUUUAUUUUGUGCACAGAAGAUCUGUUGCCAUUGCAAAAAGGAGCAGCCUCUGAAGCAGCGCCUCAAGAAGAGGCUUCAGAGGUUUGAUGACAAGCGAGAGGAAUGGGUGUUUGGUCGUAAGAAGAACCACAACAGUGCAUCCAUCAAGGAUGAAGCCUUAAUCAUGCUUGAGAAACUCCAUGCCAUUGGAUACAAGCCAGUUCUGCUCCUUGGAAAGCAAAACAAUAAAAAAGAAAAUAAGUGUGAAAUAUUAACCCCUCGCUGCACACUCUCCACCCGUGCCCAGGACUACCUUCAGAGGAUAGGCCCAAUAUAUGAAAACAUUUUUGAUGGUUGGACCAAGGAUAUUAAUGAUGAUCAGCUGAUUACGCUGCACCUCACACCCUGUGAACCAUUGGAGAACACAAGCAACCGCGAGGUGGUGAGGACCACGCAGUUGGAGCAGACGGGCACUACAGAGGGGGAGAUGGAGCAGACGGGCACUACAGAGGGGGAGAUGGAGCAAACGGGCACUACAGAGGGGGAGAUGGAGCAGACGGGCACUACAGAGGGGGAGAUGGAGCAGAUGGGCACUACAGAGGGGGAGAUGGAGCAGACGGGCACUACAGAGGGGGAGAUGGAGCAGAUGAGUACCUCGGAGGGUCAAGAGCUUUAUGCAGGUUAGGGCUGCAUGAUAUAUAUUUUCAGCAUCAACAAUGCAAUGUAUGCAUGUGAAAGUUACAUUGCAGGACGCAUGAUGUCAAGUAGGGAAAUUAACUCAAACAUGUCACGCUAAAACAUUUUUGCUGCUUGAUACUAAAGUAAAACUUUCAAGUUUCUAAUUUCCAUGAUUAAUCUACAAGAAAAGUCCAUCUGAUAUUAUAUUAUUAGACAGAUGAUAGAUCUAUCUGUACUAGGGCUGUUGGAACAAAUUUCUUGAGUCACACACUUAAAUGUCAGG